AAAAAAAAUUGUUCGCGGUGUUCUUGGCACGCAGACGUACCAGUUACCACAGGCAAGCGAGCUCGCCCGAGCUUUCAAAAAGUUUGCGGAGCCGCCGUCGCACGAACUCCCUCGAAACCAAAAAUGGCGUCCUCAACCCCCGAGAACCCUAGAGGAGGCGACGAUCCCUCCGACGCCCCCAAAUCCCUCGUCCUCUCCUACACAAACCGGAUCUGGAGCGCGUUGAUCCCCUACCUCCCCUCCCCCGACUCCAAUCUCCUCGCCAAGCUCUCCAAUCUCUACCCCCGCCGAGGCCGCCGAUCCAUUUCUCGCCGUCGAAAACCAGGUCUCCCGAUCCUACUCCGAUCAAGCAGUUCCGAAUCGUAUAUAAUAGUAGGAGAAGCAUCCAAAGCAAUUAUCAUCUUAGAAGAUAUUGCGGAUCACACCUUGUCUAGUUUGCAUAGUAUUCAGAAAAGUUUGCUAUUUUGGAGGAUACGGGCUGAGGGAACAAGUUCACAGAAAAUAUAUUUCAUGAUUUUCGAAAGAGGACCACGAGCUUUCUUUAAAGGAACAUAUCAACUUAUUAGCAGGCUAGGCGGUGAAGGCUCUCCAAUUCAAUAUCUUUCACACUCUGCAUCAGAGAUGAUAUCGAACAAAAUAGCUAUUCUGACAAGUCUGCAACAUUGCCUUGCUACAUUUCUUGCAGAGGUGUACUUGGAAGUUGAUAAAUACAGGGAACUGUUGGCCAGGGAUUCAGAUGAAUCCUUCCCUGCAUUACUAGUUAUUGUAAAUGGACUUUUUUCAAAGCUGGAAUAUACUAUUAGCCAUCCAUCUGAAAUUUAUAAGAGUGACAAUAUGUUUUCGUCCAAUGACGGGAACUCAUGCGCUCUUACGUUUGAAAAAUUACCUGAGAUAGACCCUGAAAGGUCACAGUGGACGGAUACAGAGAUAAGGGAUGCUACCAAUCUGAUAUAUCAAAACCUUCAAAGAUUAGAUUCAUACCUUUCUUUCAUUCUUUCCAGGUGUCAAAAACCAAGAAAAAUGACUUUAUAUUGGAUUCGCUAUACUGGUGGAGCUGUUGGUCUCUCAGCAUGUUCAUUAUGGCUUCUGCGGCAUAGUAGUUUGAUGGGGAGUUCUGACAUCGACAAUUGGAUUCGUGACGCAAAAGAAUCAAUGGCGGGAUUUUGGAGAGAGCAUGUUGAACAACCACUUAUUUCCAUUAGAGAUGAGCUAUUCGAGACAUUCAGGAGGAGACACAAAGGUGUUAUGGAAGUCGAAGAGGUGCAAUUGACUGCAAAUUCCCUGCACAGAAUGUUGUUGGCCUUCUGUGAGCAAACAAAAGGUCAAAAUCUGCCAGAGGAUAUAUCAGAUCAGCAUUUGCUGGAAAUAGUCAUGGCGAGAUAUGAGAAGGAGGUCAUGCAUCCGCUUCAAAAUCUACUGAGUGGAGAACUUGCACGUGCCAUGCUUAUUCAGAUUCAAAAGCUAAAGCUUGAUCUCGAAACGGCGAUGCUUGAGCUAGAUCAGAUUCUGAAGGCAAAUGAAAUAAACUUUGCUAUUCUUGCUGCUCUACCGGCCUUUUGUCUUUCCCUUCUCCUCCUCAUGCUAGUACGGGCAUGGAUUCUGCAAGACAAAGGUGCAGAAGGAAGAGGAAGGAUUGCUCGCCGUCAAAGGAGGCUUCUUCUUGUUGAUGUUGAGAAAAGGCUUAUGCAAUAUAAGACAUGCAUGGAACGAGAAAUGGAGGACGAUGCUCGUUGUAAGUAUGGACUAAUGCUGUAUAACCUCGAUCGUCUCUACAAGGCUGUCGAGUGGCACGCGAGGGAAACCGGGGAGUGGCUAAGUUUGAGACAAGAUAUUGUUGAUCUGGCAAAACCUGAUUCCAAAACGGUCUACAAGCUUGCCGUUAUUUCCCGUAUGGAGAGAAUGUAUGAUUGUUUGCUUCCUUCUUCGAGGCGGAGCUGAUUCUCUUAGAUGUUUUGAAAACUAACCCAGCCUCUAAUCUAACUGGAGAGGCUAAGGUUCAAAGUGUUACUGAUCCGACCAGAUUGAACCAGCGGUCAAACCAUUUAACGAACACUCAUAUGGCAAAGAGGAAGUUGAUAGUCCACAAGUAUUAUUUUGCUGCAAUUUUGUUAGAUAAGUUUGCACUCGCACGAUAAUUUGUGUUUGGAGGUCUUACAAAGAGGUGGUUGAUGCAAAUUGCGCUUGUAGCUUUUGAGUCGAGAAAUAUUUCUCUUCUACCCGCUUGUUUGGUGGAACCUGUGCUAGUUACGUAGUUUGCAACCAAUCCGAGCGGUUUAGCUCGUGUAAUCUGUUUUUUUUUUUAUUUUUUUUUUUAUUUUAUAUAUAUAUAUAUACUUUUUAUAUUAACUGAACAGAGCUGAACAUUACAUCGGUUCGAGUUCGUCCAGGUUGGUUUUCUAAACAAUCAUCUUCUUCACAAAUUGGAGCAUAUAUUUCCUUUUUGUCACUGGAGUGGAAGUAGAUUUCUAGCA